GCUCAUAAAUUAAAAAAAAAAAAAAAAAAUCCAAAGAUGAAGACUCUGAUCCUUAUGGACUGCAAACUGAAUUUGGGUAAAUUUUACGCCGUGGCAGUUUGGAAACGUAAGCUGAUUCCCACUGCAGCUUCUUCUCACCGGCGCGUCAGAAAUUACUCUCCCUCCAAUUUUGGAACCCCCAGACCCAAUUUAGACAUCGGAGUUGUUCGUCAUACAACGCCAGCCCCAGAGCGUAAUUGGGUUUCUAAAAUCUGUGCCUGGUGGUUUAGCUUUGAUAACCCAUGGAGAUGGGCUUCUCAGAUUAUCUCCUUUUACUUGCUCUUCCUCAAUCUUGUAGCAGACGCUCGUCCAUCCCCUUCUUUCACAUACGCUUGUGAGGAUGUUAACAAUUAUUAUGCCAGUGUGGAAAAUUUGAGAGGUGAAGCACUCAAGAAAAAAUUGAAUCACAUCGUUGCCCCGCAUCAUUCCUUAUCCUACAAACAGGUGUGGGAUGCCCUCAAGAUUCUUGAUGCUGCUGAUAUUUAUAAACCAGAAGCGUCAUCAGGGAUAAUUGAAAUUUACUCCUUGAGAGUUGUCCCAAAGCGUUUGGCAGGAAAGCCAGAGGGAUGGAAUAGGGAACACUUGUGGCCUCGUUCUUAUGGGCUAACUGAUGGUCCAUCAAUGACUGAUAUACACAAUAUUCGCCCAGCAGAUGUGAAUGUGAAUUCAUCUAGGGGAAACAAAUACUAUGGGCUAUGCAAUGUUAGCUCAAAUAAAUGUUUGAGGCCAGCAAACAAAGAAGCCGCUUCAGACACGGAAACUGACAACGAAAGAUGGGCACCACCUGUAAAGGUUCGAGGGGAUAUUGCAAGGGCAUUAAUGUACAUGGCGGUCUGCUAUGGGUUUAAUCAGCCAGGUGGAGGCCUAGAUCUUCACCUUUCAGAUUCUCCAAGCAUUGGUUAG